AUGGCGGCUGCCUACACCGAUAUGGACGACACACUGAGCGUGGAAGACUUGGUCAAAGACAAGCCGAGGUUCCAGGGCGAGGUGAGCUGCUUUAUGGACAAGGGGCCCUGCACACAACAGUACAUGAGUUACAAAAAGCACUUACUGGAAGUAGUGAGCGACGGUUGUCGCGAGUGCAACGCCCGCGAACGCCACAUGUUCCGGGUGUUCCUCAAGGGUCUGCGCGACAACCUGCCCGCCGAGUACAAGGCGUUCCGCGACAAGUACGACCCCGACAACAAACACUUCGACGCCGCCGCCGCCGCCGUGCAGAACUACUAG